CCUUUGACUAGCUUUCAAUGGAAACCAGAGUUUACAUCCAGCCUUUGAUUGUGAAGUUAAACCGAGUUCCAGAGUCUCCUUGUGUCACUCAGGAAAAACUCUCCACCGCCAUCAUCGACACAGCAGAGGAACGUAAAUAUGAAUCUAGAACUACUGGAAUCAUUUGGGCAGAAUUACCCUGAGGAAUUUGAUGGAGCCCUGGACUGUGCAUCGCUAGCUGUGACCUGUGCAUUUAACAGACGAGGAACUCUCUUGGCUGUGGGAUGUAAUGAUGGACGUAUAGUUAUUUGGGAUUUUCUGACACGUGGCAUUGCCAAGAUUAUAAGUGCUCAUGUACACCCAGUGUGUUCUCUCAGUUGGUCUCGAGCUGGAUACAAGCUUGUAAGUGUCUCCACAGACAAUAAUGUGUGCAUCUGGGAUGUGCUCUCGGGAGAAUGUGACAUUAAAUAUAGGUUUCCUUCGCCUGUUAUGAAGGUUCAAUUUCACCCUAGAAAUGACAAAAUGUUCUUGGUAUGCCCAAUGAGACAUCCUGCUGUCUUGGUUAAUGUAGAUGCUUCACAUGAAAUUAUUCCUAUGGAUGAUGAGGGAGAUGUAAAUAUUGUAGCAUCUUUUGAUCGCCGAGGGGAGCACAUAUUUACUGGCAAUAGUCGUGGAAAGCUGUUAAUUCUGUCAUGUCCAGAUUUGAAAAUAAAAGCCACAUUUCGAAUUGGUCAAGGAACUACUAGUGCAGCAGCUGUGAAGAGCAUCGAGUUUGCAAGGAGAACAGAGUUCUUUCUAGUAAACUCGGCAGAUCGCGUGAUUCGUGUUUAUGAUGCGCGUAAAGUUUUGAAGUGUGGAAAAGAUGAUGAUCCUGAACCUACACAGAAACUGCAGGAUCUUGUUAAUAAAACCAUGUGGAAAAAGUGUUGUUUCUCUGGAGAUGGGGAAUACAUAUGUGCUGGCUCAGCACGACAACACUCUUUGUACAUCUGGGAACGAAGUGUUGGUAACUUGGUUAAGAUUCUUCAUGGCACCAAAGGAGAAAUGCUGCUGGAUGUUGUAUGGCAUCCUGUACGUCCUAUCAUGGCAUCUAUCAGCUCUGGAGUUGUAUCAGUGUGGUCACAGAAUCAGGUCGAAAAUUGGUCAGCAUUUGCUCCAGAUUUUAAAGAGCUUGAUGAAAAUGUGGAGUAUGAAGAACGAGAAUCAGAGUUUGAUCAAAGUGAUGAAGACAAGAGUGUUGAACUUAGCCAAGAAAGAAGAGAGGAAGAUGUGGAAGUUGAUGUUACAAGUACAGAACCAGUAACUGCCUUCUGCAGCUCAGACGAAGAUGAUGAUAGCCAUGCUCUUUUGUACCUUCCCAUCUCUCCUGAAAUUGAAGAACCUGAAGAAGGCUGGGGUCCUGAGGGUGCACCAAAUGAGGAUCUGUCAUCCAAGAGAUCGGGUGACAGUAAAGAAAAUGUUUCACCCAAAAAGAAGAGACCCAAAACAUUUGAUGUUUCGUUAGAAAAUGCACCAACAGAUGAGGUCCAUCCACUGGUGAGCAACAGACCAAAGGAGAAGCAAGCUGCAGGAAACAAAAAAGGGAGAAACAAUUCCAAAGGAGAUUCAAAAAAGGAUAGAAAAAAACACUGAUGAAAGUUUACACAUCUGUAUAAUAUAUACUUUUUUUUAACUCAGGCCAUCUCCCACUGAAGCAGGGUGGCCCAAAAAAGAAGAAACACUUUCACCAUCAUUCAUUCACUCAUUGUCUUACCAGAAGACUGCUGACAUCACAGUUCAGAUGACCCUCCAAACAGUAACAACAUACACAGUAUUUUAUUGUGUUGAAUUAGGAGUGUGUAGCAACAGUCAUUUUUAAUAUGGAAACUUCAAUUUGUAGUUUUUGGGCUUGUAUUUUAAUUUAAGCAAUUGCUCUCAUUAUAAACUAGAAACAUUUUCUAAAUGACAAAUUCAGUACUGCCUCAGAUUGUUUGUCUCAUAUUUACAUACAAUAUGAGACAGUUGUCCCUACAAAUUUUUGGCUUUUGAUUGUCCAACAUUUUUACGAAUGGGCACCCCUCAAGGGAGGUUCCUUGAUGCUGGUGAGGGGCUGUUGAUCCAAAGAAUUGAAUUCUGACCUCCCUUUCCUUGGAUCAAACCUGAUUGCCUCCCAUUACCCUAGACACUGUAUGACCCCCUGUGGAUUUAUUGCCCCUCCUCUUCUUCAUGAAUGUAAUAAUAAUACUACUUAUUGGCAGUCACUGAAUAGAUUCAAUUAUUCAUUGUUUUUUUUCUGGCCCAGUUGCUUUCCUACUUCUGAAUAUCUUUUAUCCAGGUCAUUAUUUUUCAUGACUCAAAAUAUUAGAGUAUAAUAUGUGUAAAUUAACAUUUAUGUACAGUAUAUGUUUUGUGAAUAAUAGAGGUAAUUAGUAAAUGUAUAUUGUUUUUUUAAACCAACCAUAUUCUACCAAGGCAGGGUGACCUAAAAAGAUAAAAAGAAUAAAGAAGAACAAUUGC